AUGCCGCCCAUGAUCGACCCCGCGUUAUUUGACCAGCUCAAGACGAAAAUUGAAGAGGACACCAGCAUCCGGAAGGAGCUGGACCAGAUUCUCGAUGAGUUGAACCAGAACGUCUCGUACACCCAGGGCGUGCUGUCGCGGAUACACUCAACCCCGCGGUCCAGAUAUACAACUCUGCUUAGCCAGGUGGAGGGCGGCAUUAACAAGGAGAUCGAGAUGGUCGGUAGGCUCUCGGAGUUCGCGUCCCAGUACCCGUAUUACAAGUAUAACCACAAGUGGACUCGAAUGGUUCAGGACGCCAUCUCCACCGUCAUACUCUGUGCCUGGCUGGGCGGCAUGUCGACCGACUCCAAGCCGGGCGAGGUCGGCCGUCUGCUGAAGCUGGAGGACAUCGGCCAGAUCUUCAACGUGCCCGUCAACCUCAAGGACCGCGACGCCUUCCACAUCACCAUCGAAGAGUACCUGCUGGGGCUAAUCGCCGUCAUCGACGACCUCAGCCGGUUGGCGGUCAACUCGGUCACGCUGGGCGACAACGCCAUGGCCGUGCAGAUCAGCGGAUUUAUCAAGGACCUACAUGCCGGCUUUCAGGUGCUGAAUCUCAAGAACGAUGUGCUGAGGAAGCGAGUGGACUCGAUUAAGUAUGCCGUCAAGAAGGUCGAGGAUGUCGUGUACGAUCUCUCGCUGCGGAAUCUGAUUCCUCAGGAGGGGCAGUGAGAGCCGGUUCGAGAUUGCGAACGGUCUCACCGCUCGAAAGGCUAGAAUAAUAGCAGUUUAACUACUGUUACACGGUUCCGCCCUGAAUGUCUUGAGUAAUAAGCUAAGGGGCUUCAUCCAUCAGGCACUGAGAGCAGAAGUCGUUUUGAGGGUUAGGGUCCAAUCGCGAGCGUGC